UCCCUCAGCAGAUCAGAGAGCUGCUCACAGAGCGUCAUGCAGGACAUCUGCUGUCCACACAGAGCAGCACACAGCUCAACACGAGCCUUCAGUCCCUGAAAUGACUCAAAACAACACAGAGAGGGACCGAUUUGAAGGAUUUCAGGGAUUUUUUGCACCUUUUCAAAUGUCUGGAGGGUUAUUAUUGCAGAGCUUUCACUAAGCAGACUUAUAAGGAGGGAUCUUGGCUCCUGCAGCCGUUUCCCCUGCAGGGCUGAGCUCUUUGGCUGGCUGCUACUUCCUUAGCAGAGGGGCUGCUGGCAGGAGCAACAUCUGAGCAGGUCAUGAAGCCUCAGGAGGCCGAGCUCGUCAAUGAAAUCUCCAAGCUGCAGUGCAUGGUGUCGGAGCUGAAGACGGGCUUCACCAGCGCUCUGCUGGAGCUCAGUCAGAUCCAACAUGGAGACACCUACCUGAGGGAGGAGCUGGAGGAGAACCGGAGGAGCUGCCAGAAGAAAGCUCUGCGUCUGGAGGCUCUGGUCGAAUCGCUGAAGGAGGAACUGGGUGUGAUGAGAUGUCAGGUGGUUCAGCUGUACAGCAAAAGACCUCAGCAGGAAGGAAAGAGCUCCACAGCUAAACAGAGCGUCGAUCCAGCAGAGCCGGCCGGCGGACGGAGUCGCUGCGACUGUUCGUCUGCUCCACCAGCCGGUCUGUCCAGAGGAAAACUGCUCCUCCACUGCUUCCUGCAGGGCCUCAAGGCUGGACUGAGCGAAGGAACAGAUGCUCGACACCAGGUGGCGAUGCAGCUUCUACACUCUGAGUGGGAAUACGUGUCGACUUUAAACCAACUGUACGACAAAUACAAGACGCCUCCAGCUCACCAGAUGACCGUGGAGCCGUAUCAGACGUAUGUGAAGUUCGUGGAGCAGCUUCUACAGCGACACCUGCUGUUCAGAAACACUCUGCAGGAACGUUUAUCCGCCGAACACUGGAAGUCUCUGGUCGGGGACAUCCUGGUGCAGCUAAUCGGACAAAACGACACAGCUUUUUCGGACAUGUACCUCGGAUACACCACCACUCUGGCCACGUUCCUUUCGCUGGAGUUCGCCAGACUGAACCAACCGGAGAAAAGCCACAAAAUGCAGAGCGGCCAGAUGGAGAGGGAGGAAAUGAAACUGCUGUCGUUGCUGCUGGCGCCAGUCGCUCGAAUCCACGGCUACCUGAGUCACAUCCAGAACCUGCUGCAGUGGACGGGUAAAGAACAUCCAGACUGCAGCCUCCUGCUGGGAACCGAACGAGCCCUGAGGAGCGUUUUGACUCGAUGUCACGUGAUCCUGGAGGAAGACGUCCGAUGGGAGGAAGGAGAAGGACAAAGCUGCUCUGAUGCUGCAGCAGCGACGUCGUCUGCAAACCGCUGCACGAGAAGCCAGCAGAGCAGAGACGAGAACGACCCCGCAGCUCAGAGUGCUUUUCCUUCGUGUCCCAGCAGAGACCUCCAGCCUCCUCCAGGACUCUCCAACGGGCUGGACGGUGGACACUCCAUGCGUCUGGAGUGCUGGUCCUGCAGCCCGGUGAGGAGGGACCGGACCGUCCAGAACCAGCCGGCUCAUGACUGCGGACGCUGCUGCUCCCUCCUCACCCCCGACGCCGCCGGAUGGGGGGAGAACAGCGACUCGGGCCAGGGCACCUUCAGCCAGAACAACGGGAAGGUUCCCCACCAGAACCACAGCCUGGAGGAUGGAGACACCGACCCCGACGACACCUCGGCCUUCGACUACUCCUCUGUCACCUCCUGCAGCCCGGACGGGACCCUGAGGAGGGAGACGGUGGAGAGCGUGAGCGGGGAGGACGAGGAGGACAGCCAGGUCCCGGUCCUCCUGAAACCCUCCUACAGCCAGCAGCAGCAGCAGCAGCAGCCGGAGACGCCCAGGGAGAGGACGGUGUGUCUGAGGUGGCAGAUCCCCAGGCUGACCCCCCAUCCUCCCAUCAGGAACCCCAGCGGGCCCUACGGGGAUGGACCCACGCCCUGCCUGGUGGGGUCCUACGGGAAGAGGCUGGUCAGCGUGAGGAAGGGUUCUCCUCCUCUCCAUCCCAAAAGUGCCUUCAGACCCAUCUGGGACGACCCGUCCAAGCAGGCCGAUUCGGCUCCAGAGAAGGACAACAGACAAGGCUUCAUACCGAUUCAAGCUCCAACCAGACAAAACUUCCAGAGUUUCAACCCGAGCAGAGAAAAUCUGAGACCUUCAGGAGUCGUUCAGCAGCAGAGAGUGAACCACGCAGCAGGAUUAUGGGACGACAGCGAGGACAGCGAAGGGCCCUGCAGCACCGUUUGACCUCCAGCAGAAAACAGACUGAAGUCAAAUCCAAACAGGAGAAGUUCUGUCCCGGCACAACAGACGUUAAAGGAACAAAACUGAUGCUUUCUGAUUUUACGUUAAAGCUGAAACUUGUACGAACACUGAGGACUUCUACGUGUGGGAUUAUGUUUAGGUACAAGUUAAACUAAGGGAGGAAAAUGUCUAACUGAUUUUUCUGCCACAUAUUUAAGUUUUAGUUUAAUAUUGGCUGUAAUAGAUCUAAAACCUGUGACGCAGCGUAAACAGCCGAGACACCAGGAAGGACGGCAUGAAUCUGAACAUCCCAAAAUAAAAGACUUUUCUAACUGCA